AAAACUGGCAUGAGAAAAUUAUGGCGGUCAUUAUUCCACUGAAAACCCUCAAAAAAUAAUAAAGACAGCAAAACACGAGCCACACAUUCCUCGGUUGUAGGUAUUUGCGCGACUCACUUUUGCGCCCAUUGUCAUGACAAUAAGCUAUCGUUAAGUCACGCUCGAAUGGCAAUCUUUGUGUCGCCGUUUUCUCCUAAGCCAGUCUCCCGACGCUUCUGAUUCCGGAGUGAUUCGCUUUGUGAUGUAAUUGCUGUGCAAUGGCUACAUCAAAUAACAGUUCAGUUGGUCCACCGGAUUUCUCCGAGCCAUGGAAGUUUAGCGAUGUCGUUCUUGUUGUAGAAGACCAGAAGUUUCACGUCCAUCGAUCGACUCUUUCGAUAUGGUCGCCUGUGUUUGAGACGAUGUUUACGUCAAUGUUUAAAGAAAAGAACAUGUAUGAAAUUCCUCUUCCAGGCAAAAAGGCAAGUGAGAUCAAAGAGCUUCUACUGAUUAUUUAUCCAACUGUAUCAGAAACGGGAUGGAAAUCUGUAACGAAUGAAAAUUGCUACUUCUUGGUCGAACUCGCUGAUGAGUAUCAGAUGGACGCCAUUAAGCAGAGGUGCGAAAAUUUCUUGGUCGACGAGGUAUCUCGUUCGAGCGGAAAUGAGUUCCUGGUUCAUUUGACACUUGCACAGACCCACAAACUAGACAAGCUCGUUAAAACCAUAAUCGGGAAAGCUAGGGGGCUGUCGCUGGAUGAUUUCAAAAGUCACGAGAUGUAUCAUAAAAUGGAGCCACACAUUUACAAACAGAUUGCUGAGGGAAUGAUAAAAAGACUUGAGGGAAGACCCUUGUGUAGGUCCUGUAAAAGUAUGGUCCAGCAGGCACAAGCCUUCAUAUUGAGGUGACGUAUUCGAGAAGAACGCCGGCCUGGAGUAGUUUAGACAAUCACUGAACGCGCAUACGUUUAGAUCCGCAGAAAAAUGCCCUGACAUUGUUGAUUUUGAUUACGUUUGCUUGCUGAUAGCGGCAAGGAUUACAAUUCGUGAUCACCAGUAAAUUUUAUGUAGAGCAGGAAGCCGCUGAGGCUCAUUUACUCGAUCGACUAACUUCGACUCCGGAUAACUUCAAUCAUUCGAAUUAAUAUUCUUACCAAACAACCCAAUUGGAGAAGAGCUGCUCCCAACUCGUAAGAAUGGCAACUGUAUCUUUCAGCAAGUUUGGUGCAGAGGAGCAACUUCCUUAGAACGUACGGUUAGAACUAUUGUUCUGCUUGUCACACAACGCUUUUAUUUACAUACAUACAGACAGACAGACAGACAGACAGACAGACAGACACACACACACACAUA